AUGAGUGUCAAAGAUAUUCUGAAUAUCUCGACUCCCCUGAUUCUCGAUGGUGGAACGGCAACCGAAUUACUAUUUUCCCUUCACAAAGACAUCUCAACUCAUUUAUGGUCUGCUGCUCUAUUAUAUGAAGAUCCAAAAUCUAUUAUUGAUGUUCACCUAUCUUAUUUGAAUGCCGGAGCAGAUAUUAUAACCACUUGCAGUUAUCAGGCGUCUGUACAGGGGUUCAUAAAAUCUGGAUUUACACCAGAACAUUCUAAGAAGUUGAUGCUUAGUUCAAUUUCCCUUGCAGUUGAAGCAAGGGAUCAAUUUUGGCAUUCGUAUUUGCAACGUAACGAAAAAACAAAAUUGACAGACCAACGUAUCAAGCCACUUAUAGCUCUUUCCAUUGGUCCUUAUGGUGCCAUUUUAACUGACGGUUCAGAGUAUACUGGGGAUUAUGGUCCUGGAGUCACUAGCUCAACAAUCCUCGAGUUUCACCGAUCACGCCUAGAAACUUUUCUUCCAAAAUUUUCCGAGAUAGAUCUAAUCGCAUUCGAGACAAUUCCCUCAUUGCAAGAAGCCGAAACCAUUUGUAAAUUAUUAAACGAUGAAAAAUAUUGGAGAACUGGCACCCCUCCGGACCAUUCUAUCUCUUCAUUUCCUCCGUGUUGGAUUUCAUUUUCUUGUAAAGAUGAAUCAUUGAUUUCACACGGAGAAGAACUGGCCCAUUGCGUUAGAUUAUGUUGCGAGGUCGAAUGCGUUGUAGGCAUCGGUAUCAACUGCACCAAACCUAAAUUUGUCACUAAUUUGGUUCGCAUUGUUCGUAAAGAAUUGGACGCACUCGGCCACUCCGAAAAAUUUGUGAUUUGUUAUCCUGACGGAGGAUGUAUUUGGGAUCCAGUUCGAAAGAUUUGGGAUUUAGAUACAAGAUUGAGCUCAGAUGAAUUCGGUAUUCUAACAAGGACUUGGGUAAAGCAAUCCAACAAUAAAAUAAUCAUGGGCGGUUGUUGUCAAAUUACUCCAGAAAUGAGAUUGAUGGCUCGACGUGCUUAUUCGGGUAUUUCGCUUCCCGUUCUUCCUUAUAUUUAUCUCUCGCAGGUUCCCUACGCGAAAGCACUAAACCUUCAAAAAGUUCUAGUUCAACGUCGCUUAGAUAAAAACGAUUCUUCCCUGCCAAAUUUACUCUUAUUGCUACAACAUCCUCCAACUUAUACGACUGGAAGGAGAGAUAGAAAUAAAAAUAUCGAGGCAGAGGAAGCUCGCUUAAAGAAAUUAGGUGCCGAAUAUUUCAAGACACUACGUGGAGGUCAAACAACCUUUCACGGGCCCGGACAAUUAGUGGGUUAUCCAAUUAUUGAUUUACGAGAUUUUAAGCUCUCCGUCCGAAAUUAUGUCAAUGCCAUUGAGCGUGUAAUUAUUCAAACGUGCGCAACUUAUAAAAUCGCUGCACGAUCAACGAAAAAUGUAGGAAUUUGGGUUGAAAACGAAAAGAUAUGCGCAAUUGGAAUUCAGGUACAACGUUAUAUAACUUCCCAUGGAUUUGCAUUAAACUGUAAUAACGAUUUAAGCUGGUUUGAUCAUAUCAUUCCUUGUGGUCUUGAAGAUAAGAAAGUAACAUCUUUGACUAAGGAAGUUAAUAAGCGUGGACAAUCUGAGGAUAUCAAUGUAGAACAAGUAAUCCCAAUAUUAUGUCAACAUCUUGAUAACAUUUUCGGGUGUUCCUUGAUCCCAUUUGAAGAUAUUGGAGAUGAGAGUAUUAAAAGACUGAAGGAAUUGAUAGAUGACCUUUUGGAAUAA